GAGGGCAAACCACGCAAGAGAACAAAAAGAAAACGUUCCACACCAGUCCGGGAUCCAUGUUUCGGCUCGUCUAGUAGGCUGGAAAAUUCCGUGUUUUCCGCCAUUCUUCGGGCGCCAUUUGAAUUAAACGUGCCGAAAUAGUGCUUUUGUGGGGCUACUUUGCUCGAGUGCGCUGCAGUGAGGGCUAGUUGGCUGGGUGCUUUUCCCGAAUCGUGGAAAUAGUUCCAGCUGGAGUUGUUCCCGUCUGCGAGGAACGUUCGCGAAGAAGAAAAAGAAGGGCUUGUCAGCGCUUGAGGGGUAGCAUACACGUAUGCAACAGCGAGUGCGGGCAGGGAAGAGGAGCGACAAUAGUGCUGGUAGAAGGCUAGUAGCGGGCUACUACGUUCGGAGUUGGCACUUAGGCGGCACUAAUUCGGUGUGGCGCCAGCGUUUUGAGUGCGGGAAAAGAAAGAAGAAGCCUUAUUUGGAGUUGGUUCUCUCUUUUUCACCUGUGGUGACGUUUUCGAUCGAAUGAAUCAUACAUAAAUCACACAAGAGUUCUUUUUUUGCUUCGCUCUCUCACCGUCGAGUAUCGCACUUAUCACGCAAAUACGAUUCAUCGAAUUGAUUUGAAUAAGCUUUCCUCGUUAAGCAAAAUUUGCAAAAAUGCCCGGAAGUGGUCCCGUUUAUCAACCAACGACGGUGUCGUAUGAAACCCGACCCGGGACUGGGGCCGGAGGGGGUCUGCUGGCCCAGACCACGGCGGCCUCGUCCCUCAAGAUGCUCCGGAAGCCGGCGGCCCAGAUGGCGGUGCUAGUUUUCGGGUUGAUUUCCCUAGCCGCAGGCAUCGUCAUGAUCGCCAGCGGUUCCGCCGACUACUCCGACACCGAGCAGCACCCGGAAACACACCCGGACGACGGCAGCACAACGCCGGAGGAGCAGCUCGACAUCGGACUAAUCGUGGCGGGCGUUUUCAUCACAAUUUUGGGAUUCGUUCUACUAGGCCUCUACAUCAAGGUGGCCGAGUGGCGCCGCAACUGCGUCUGUCCGUGCACCUUCUCGAAGAAGCAGAGCCUGGCGCGGCAGCUGCAGGGCAACAGCUGCGGUGGCCAGAUUCUGGCGCUGAACCCGAGCACCGAUCCGCUCGUUUCGCACACGCAGUACGCACCGGUGUCGGAGAUUCCGCAGCGCCAGGAAGAGGAGGAGGAGCGGCGGAACCUGAUGCCGGACAGCAAGGACUCGUGCCUGAGCAGCGCGGAGGAGAGCGACCGGAUGCUGGACCCGGACCCGAGGAUCGUGCUGCGACCGAUCGGGAACACGGUGGAGGAUGCCUAGGAGGAGGUGGCGGCGAGCAGCGACGAGGACGAUUGGUAGGGGAGCGGAAGAAUUGUUGGGUUUUUCUCUUUAGGGUUAGGACGGAAAGCAACGGCAAGCUUAAAGCAUCUCAAAUGAUCGAAUCACUUUUGCAAAACACACACUGAAAUCUUGAUGGAAAAGGUAACCAAACAAUAAGAUGAGAUUAUUUUGAAGGAUUUUAGUUUUUGUUUCGGCUUAGCAACUCUUAUUGGCGCGAAUAUUAGCAAGUAAUUGGAGGAAGAAAAUCUCAAAAUUAACAAAAACGCUUUUCGAACGAACGGUUAGUGAGUUAGGAACUGAAUUUAACGCAUUCCGGAGCGAAGGCAGAAAACUGACAAAGAACUUUGUACAACUGGAUUGGUUUUAAACUUUACAAUGUUUUCACCUCAACUUAGUUUUCCAUCGAUUUUACAAACUUGUAGGGAUAGUUUCACUAAGACAAAAAAAUACACAUAUUUUACACGCGUAACAUUCGUCCAACUUUUUGAGAUCUAGGUUUUACUUCUCUUGUAGUGCAACGCUUUUUUGCAAGAGAAAAGUAAGAGCAUUCUUAUUCCGUCCAAGCAGAUUGUGUUUCAAGACUUUUUUCCCCUAAAAUGCUAAACUUAGUUUGCAGUAUUAGAAAAUCACGCGUUUAUUUCUUUUUCUAGCUAAAUAGAAAACAGCAUAACAAAUCUUGACGCAUUUAAUAUUAUUUAGUUCAUUCAUCACAAAACAUUUAUCACACACACACACUAGCGAAUAGGAGCGCGACUUGAUUGACGGAGCGUACUUAAUUAGUUUGGCAUUUAAUCACGAGUUUUACGUUAGUUUUUAUAAUACUUGGCCAAGUUGCUAACACAAACACACAACAACACACACACGCAGUGCAAGAAGGUGUGCAAUUAAUCACUUUUAACUUAGCAUCAUCACACGCAGUGUAGAUUUUGAAAAGGAUUAGUAGAAAGAAAGAAAAUUAUAUCGAAAAACAGAAUGAUAGGAAGGAUAAAGAUAGAGAGAAUUUUUAAUGCAGCAAAUCGUACUAAUUUUGUAAUUAGUGUUAAACAUUUAGUUCGGUAAAUUGCAUAUUUGGCAUCUUAAAAAAGGCUAAGAAAAACGAAGAAAACUAUGCAA